CCCUAAACCACAGAGACGGUACAAACUUCAGAGUGAACGUGUGUGUGUGUGUGUGUGUGUUUUUUAAAUCACGAAAUGGCGCAGACGUUUCCGCUGCGUGACCUCCACCGGUAGCGUCUCCUCAUGAAGGUAAACAGCGUCCUCUCUGUGCGGAAAGAGCAGCUCUUCGUUCGUAUGUCACUUGUGUUUUUCCUCGAGAUUUGGGCAGUUUCACAGACACUGGGACAAUGGAUAAAAGAAAUGGUCAGCUGUGGAAUGCAACAAGCCUGGAUCUUUCUCUCUAACACUAGGACCUACCGAGGAGUGAGGAGUCCCAGUCAGCAUCUAACUGCAGCCCCCUGGCCUCUGUCCAGGCUUUCUCUGCAUCUCAGCUGCACUCUUGUCCCUUUCUGACUGUCAAACUACAUCAACUGCCUUUUACUGAAAUUGAAGGCGUCAAGCAGGAUCCCCUAAUUCUCAUGCCCUCUUGACUUCCAAACGCACCCAGCCACCAUGAGGACCAGCAGGUCAAGCCUGCUGCUGGGCUGCAUGCUUCUUUGUUCUGUGUCUCUGGUCUACCUGGGCAUGAGUGGGAUCGAGUGCCCUCAAAAAAGCCACCGGCACCGAUGGAUGGAGCUCAACCUGGGCUCAGUCAAUCAGAGCCUGCCCCUCCCUGAACACUUCCCAGAAGAAACACCACUGAUCUUUAUCGGAGGCUUUCCCCGGAGCGGCACCACACUCAUGCGUGUCAUGCUGGAUGCCCACAAUGCCGUGCGCUGUGGUGAAGAGACCCGAGUGAUCCCUCGCCUCCUGGCCAUGCGGGCCACCUGGAGUCGCUCUGUUAAAGAGAGGAUACGAUUGGAUGAGGCAGGCGUCACUGACCAGGUGUUGGAUUCAGCGGUGAGAGCGUUCUUGUUAGAGGUGAUAGUCGGCCAUGGAGAACCUGCACCUCGCCUUUGCAAUAAGGACCCUUUUGCCUUGAAGUCUCUGUCAUACCUGGCACGCAUCUUCCCUAAAGCAAAAUUUGUGCUCAUGCUACGAGACGGGCGGGCAACGGUCCACUCCAUGAUAUCACGCAAGGUCACCAUCUCUGGCUUCGAUCUGACCAGCUACAGGGACUGUCUGACCAAGUGGAGCAGCGCAGUAGACACCAUGUUCAGCCAGUGUCAGGCAGCCGGGAAAGACAGAUGUCUGCCUGUUCACUAUGAGCAACUUGUCUUGUACCCGGAGGAGGAAAUGAGGAAGUUACUUCACUUCCUAGACCUGCAGUGGGAUCUGUCAGUGCUGCACCACGAAGAGCUGAUUGGAAAGGCUGGUGGUGUGUCUCUGUCCAAGGUCGAGCGAUCAACAGAUCAGGUGAUUAAGCCGGUCAACACAGACGCCCUGUCCAAGUGGGUGGGACACAUUCCCUCUGAUGUGUUAAACGACAUGGCUGAAAUCGCACCCAUGCUGUCUCGUCUUGGUUACGACCCUCACGCUAACCCACCAAACUACACGAGAUCAGAGCCCUUGGCAUCACCAUUCAACAACUCACAGGGUUUGAAAACAGCCGGAUCUUCAAACUCCAGUUAAGGAAGAGGAGGAAAAUCCGUUUUUUUUCCAGGCUCCACGAUAUGAAUGCACCUUUAACAGACCAGCUCUUCAGUAAUUACAUCUCAUAUGAACAUUUUUUUAAACUGUCCCAUGUGUAUUUUUGACUUUUACUAAGACUUGAGGGCAGUGUUGGCUCCGUUAAAAUCCAGAUUCCUUAAGUGGUUUUGGGUUUAAAUCACUUAGCCCUGAUUCACACUGGCUGUGGUUGUGUUAUCAUUUCGGUGUCCAUGUGAAGUAAGUGUUCAGACUUCUCGUGUUGACAUUGUAGCAGCAAUUUUACUUAAAAAUGCCCCUUUUACAGUAAUUUUAGCUGAAUCUGAAUACAUGAAAAAUAUUAAUAUUAUAUUUUUAUAACAAUUUUAGCAGCUGUGCAGAUUAUCUCUCUUGUCUGAGUAAAUAGAAAUCAUCUGAUGUUUUCUGUUUAUGAUAAAUCAGAAAAUUACAAAUUGCAGCCGCGAUGCACACCCAGUGUGAACCGGGCCUUACACUGUAUCUGAACCGCUCGAGGUUCACUGCUUCUCUCUGCAUUCUCCAAUGUGUCCUUCACAGUGAACAGACAUUUCAAUGCAUCUUUACACCUUGUACCUGCAAGUAUUUCAGCAUGUGUGUCGGUGGUUAUGGCUUCUCCACAAAUGUGAAUGUGUCUUGACACAAACCUUUUACUUACCGAGAUGUCAGUCGGUGUCCAUGAAGCAUAAUGACUGUAUAUUUUUUAAAGAUGUACAUUUAUUUUCUUAAUAAAUUAUUUUGGUGUUGACCAUUUGCCAUUCAGGAAACUGAAAAAUGUUUACUCUGAAUUGAGAAUUUGUAAUUGUUGUAUGAUGUUGGACAUGAAUAAUAAAAAAAAUGCCCUAAAUGUACCCUUUA